AGAGCCGGAUGGGCAGAGAGUAGCUUCACAUAGAAAAGUUUUCAAAUAUGAUGCCCUCAACCAACCCUUUCUAAAUUCAAAAUCGUAGGUUCUCAACCAUCGAAUCUAAUUGUUUGAGGUAAAAAAGUCAACAAAAUUUAAAAUUUUGAAUCCUUAACGGUUGACCGAAAGAAGUUGUCAAUAGCGUACAGGUCUUGUGAAUUUUGAAACUUCUCCCAAGUUUUGUCACUCUAACCAAGCAUACUAAAAUAAUUUUGUUCAAAUUACUUACAAAUAGUUUUCGGCUGCUUUUUACAUCCUGGAAAUUACUGUUUUAAAGGAAUCCAAAGAUUGCGCUUAGGAAAGUUUUAGAGUACAUCUCGUUGAACUCGGAUUGAUUUUUCAACAAGUGACAUAGCAAUUAGGCUAAAGUAAUUAUUUUUUUAUUCUACUCAUUCCAAAGAAAAAAACGAGAUGACUGAAGCAUCAUCAAAGGCAGGUCCUUUUAACCAUCCUUGCCAGUUCAUCUCCUACCUUCCUGAAAAACAAUUACUUGUUUGCUGUUCUGGUCCGUAUCUAUUAGGCUUUUCCUUGGCUACGGGAGAAAAAACCUUUGAGUUUUGCUACGAAGAUGACUUAAAGCAGAAAAAUAAAGAGGCAGCAGCUUAUGGCCAAGCAUUUCGUCAAGUAGCUGUUUCAAAAGAUGAAUCUCGUCUAGCUGCUGUAAGCGAAGAUAAGUGCUUACGACUAUGGGAAGUUGAUGAGGCCGCUAAAGUUCAUUUGCUUUACGAAAAGACAAUUCCUAAACGAUGCGCAGAUAUGAAGUUUCACGAUUCUGGUGAUCUUAUAUUUGGAGACAAAUUUGGGGAUGUUUACCGUAUAAAUGAAGAAUGGUUCAAAAGCAUGUCCUCGGAAAACCAAGAAGAAAAAAAGGACUUAAAAUUGGAGCCUGUCAUGGGACAUGUUUCCAUUUUAACUCAACUUUGCCUUACAAAGGACCCACAUAAAGCUGAUCAAGAAAUCAUCGUCACUUCUGACAGAGAUGAGCAUAUUCGAAUCUCUCGGUAUCCUUCAGCCUAUAUAAUUGACGGAUUUUGCAUGGGUCAUGAAGAUUUUGUUUCUCGUAUAUCAUUAUACGAUAGUUCUACUUUAAUAUCUGGAGGAGGUGAUAACCAUGUUUUCUUAUGGGACUUAAAAUCCUGCCAGUGCUUGGAUGCUUUUGAUGUCCGCUCGGCUUUUGCUAAUUAUUUGUCGUUUGACAAGCCAAUGGUAAUUUCUUCUAUUAUCCCUAUUCCUUUAAAAAAUUUGAUAGCUUUUGCAUGUGAGGGUGUAGCCGGUUUAAUUUUUGCAGCAGUUUCUUCCGAAAAACGGUUAACUUAUCAUUCCGCUCUACCUCUUGCAGGUCCCGUGCUUCAUGCCAUUCUCGUAGAAAAACCAGAGGAACGCAUCAUUGCUUCUUUGGAUUCAAGUGUUACAUUUGGUCUAUGCUUUCAGGAAGUAGGUUUUACUAAUGAAGGAUCCGUUCAGCAACUCGAGAAUCCUAUUUUAGAUCGCAUCGAAAAGGAAGGACUUAUUAAGACAGAAACGGUAUUCUGUCCUUUGGCCCAACUACAUACUAUGAGGAAAAAUCAUUCAAAGUUUUUGAAGUCGGAGUCCACUCAACAUACUAAGGACUGAAAAGAUAGUACUUGAAAGCAAUGGGAAUUACAUGGUUGAAACGGUUUUUGAGUAUUCGUAUGUAUUUACUUAAGCAUAGCAUAAACACUGUAACUCCAAACUUGCCUACAUCAGUACAGCCACUUGUGCCAAUGCUUCCUCUUCUAAACAUUAUAGCUAAUUACAACACUUACAAAAUUACAACAACGUAAAUUUUGGAAAAAAAGAAACCAUCCUAUUUAUUAACUACCAGAGGGAGUUUAGUCGAAGAGACCGAAACCCAUGUCCUCGUCGGACUCCUCAGGCUCUUCAGCCUUUUGCUCAGCAGCAG